AUGUCUCCGGCGCGGAAUCCUACGAGCUGGGAUGACUACCAAGGGGGAGCUUCGCCUCGGGGAAGCGUGACCGACAGCAUGCUUGAGCGCGAACAAGCUCUCGUGGACGACGAAGGCGACGAAACUGGCGACCAAGAAAAUGGCGAAGGUUUUUCGAGGCUACGAAGGCGAUCUUCCGUCACCUACCAGUUGGCAGCAAUCGCAGACAUUGGUGGUGUAAACAGUUUCCGAUCUUUCGCCCGGAGCUGGCAGCGAGCGGCAGGAUUUCCUGAGGUUAUUCCUCGCCGACCGAGCUUUGUUCUUGCGCCAGAGCAAGAUACAGAAGACCUUCAGUAUGGUCGCAGCCAUGUUCAAGGAUCGUCGCAACAACAAUCGGGUCUUUUGCGCCAACAUCUUGAUGCGUCGUCUUCGCAUGCGAACGGCGAGCCAAGCUCAGCCAUUGAGUCCUCACCGAGGUCAAUGAGGAUCCCUCAUCGUGAUGGCGAGACGAAGCCUCUACUUGAUGUCGAAGCUGGCUCGUCCCCUGUUGGGUCACCCCGAUCAAGUAUCUUCGCUGUCCCGCCUCACCUCGCAGCUCCCGAUAUUGUUGGAAGCUAUGGUUCGUUCCGAGACUCUUCUCCUUUUGGAACAAUGGACAGGAGUUCGCGCCAUCGAAUUUCGUUCAGUGAGGGCAGCGGCUGGGGUGUAGCUGACGAGGAAGAAGAAGAGGGCGAGGGUGCAGCGCAUGGCGAACAUCAGCCCAUCCUGGUCAAAGAGGUUAAGCAGGGCAAUAAGGUUGUACUUGCUGUUGAAGGCCAGAGCACUCUUCCUCAGUCCGUCUUCAACUCGAUUAAUGCCCUAAUUGGUGUCGGGUUACUCAGUCUCCCACUGGCCCUGCAGAUGACAGGUUGGAUCCCUGGCCUGUUUCUUCUCACUCUGACAGCGGCUGUUACGUCGUACACCGGCAAGCUGCUGGCCAAGUGCAUGGAUUUUGACCCCAGUCUCAUUACGUAUUCCGACCUGGCGUAUAUCUCGUUUGGAACCCGAGCGCGGGUCAUUGUUUCUGCCCUUUUCAGUCUUGAAUUGAUAGCAGCCUGUGUGGCUUUGGUGAUCCUCUUUGCCGACUCGCUCAGUCUGUUACUUCCGGGUCUUGCGAGCGUCAACACAUGGAAGGUUGUAGCUUCUGUCAUGGUUCUGGUCCUGAAUGCGUUGCCUUUGCGCCUGUUGAGUUACACCAGCGUUGUUGGUAUUUUCUCGACCUUCUGCAUUGUCGUGAUUGUCAUUAUUGAUGGCCUGUACAAGCCUCACUAUCCUGGUUCACUGCGAGAGCCAGCGACAACCUAUCUAUUCCCCGAGAAUUGGCUUGCUGUGCCUCUUGCCUACGGCCUCCUCGCAAGCCCUUGGGGUGCGCACUCUGUUUUUCCAUCCAUCUAUCGUGACAUGCGUCACCCUUACAAAUGGGGCAAGGCCGUUAAUGUUACCUUCUCCUUCUCUUACAUCGUGGAUACAUGCCUGGCUGUCAUUGGCCUCCUAAUGUUUGGUGAUGGUAUCAAGGACGCCAUCACCUCCAACAUUCUCAAAUCAAAGGGCUAUCCUGACGCUCUGAAGAUCAUCAUGUCCAUCUUCAUUGCUAUUAUUCCUUUGACAAAGAUCCCUCUCAACGCUCGCCCCAUUAUCACAACUUUGGACGUCAUCUGUGGAGUUCACGAUCAUCAACACCAUCACCAUCAUGACCAGCCUCACAGCCAGCCUACUCGUUCCUCAGUUCUGGUCACAAAGUCAGUGCGAGGCCUCGUGCGCGUUUUCGUCGUCAUUCUUCUCUUGUUCAUCUCUAUUGUCUUCCCGGCAUUCGACUCUGUGUGUGCGUUCCUCGGUGCGGCCCUUUGCACGCUCAUUUCUAUCAUUCUGCCCAUCUCAUUCUACUUGAAAUUGUACUGGCAAGAUGUGACAGUGCGCGAAAAGAUUGUUUCUGCUAUUCUACUGGUUGUGUUUGCCAUCCUUGGCACGUUGGGAACAAUCUGGACAUUCUUGCCCAAGCAUCUCAUUGGCGCUGACUAG